AUGACUGGCAGUACCACUGAAGCCUCUGCUACGGCAGGCCUGACAACCAAGGACAACAAUGAUGCUCUUGUGCCUGACGAGGUACUUGGAGACGACAUCUCUGUAGCCGGGCAGGAGAGCCUGGCUUCAUCGACCACGAGUGUGACGAGUUCCAUCUUGGAAUAUAGAAAGGAAAAUGGAAGAACUUAUCAUACCUACAAUGACGGAAAAUACUCCAUGCCGAACGACGAGAGAGAGAAUAAUCGCCUGGAUCUGCAACAUAAUCUUUUCAUCCGGACCUUCGAUGAUCGCCUCGGCACCGCGCCUCCCAAUAACACCGGCGCAAAGGUUGGAAGGGUUCUCGACAUCGGCACCGGCUCUGGUAUUUGGGCCAUAGACUUUGGUGACGAGCACCCCGAAUCAGAAGUCAUUGGCGUGGAUCUUUCUGCUGUCCAGGCAGGCUUAGUGCCGCCGAACGUUACUUUCGAAGUUGACGACAUCGAGGAGCCUUGGGCCUUCUCGAACGGGUUCGAAUACAUUCAUAGUCGAAUGAUGACUGGGAGUAUUAGUGAUUGGGACAAAUAUCUCCAGAAGUGUUACGACAAUCUCAACCCCGGAGGCUAUCUAGAGCUCAACGACAUCGAUGCCGUGCCUCUCUCCGACGACGGAACCCUUACAGAAGACACGAACCUCAUGAAAAGCGUCCGCCUGUGGCACGAGGGCCUCGCCGGCCUAGGAAGACAUUUCCAGGAGUUCAGCCGUUUCAAGGACGCCUUGGCAAAGGUAGGGUUCGAAGACGUCCACAUCAAAAGGUACAGGUGGCCGACCAACGGAUGGCCUAAAAACAAGAAGUACAAGGAACUUGGUAUCUGGAACCUUGAAAACAUUGCCCCGCAUUGGGACGGCUUCAUCAUGGCCCCCUUGACUCGAGCUCUGGGCUGGACGACGGAGGAUGUUCUCGCCCUCGGCAUGGAUGCUCGUCGCGACUUUGCUGACAGAAGCAUCCAUGCUUACUUCAACAUCUGGUCAAUCUACGGCAGGAAGCCCUCGGCUUAA